AUGCAUUAUGGGAAUGAGCCACGUUCAGGUCGGCCAAGUGAUGUCAAUGAAGACGUUAUCAAGGCCUUAACCGAAUUGGAUCGUCAUGUAAUUUUGCGUGAGAUUGGAGAAAAGUUAAAUAUACCAAAAUCAACCGGUCAUGAGCGUAUAAAGAGUCUUGGACUGGUAAAAAAGCUUGCUAUUUGGGUAUCACAUGAGUUGAAAGAAAUUCAUUUAACAAACCGAAUCAACGCUUGUGAUAUGUAUCUUAAACGCAAUGAAGUCGAUCCGUUUUUGAAGCGGAUUAUCGCUGGCGAUCAAAAAUGGAUUGUUUACAAUAACGUCAAUCGAAAACGAUCAUGGUCAAAGCAUGAUGAAGCGCCACAAACCGCUUCAAAGACUGAUAUUCACCAAAAGAAGAUUAUGCUGUCCGUUUGGUGGGACUGGAAGUGUGUGGUAUAUUUUGCGCUGCCUCAAAGGAACCAAACGAUUAAUUCAGUUGGCUACUGCCAACAAUUGGACAAAUUGAAUACAACCAUCAAUGAGAAGCGACAAGAAUUGAUCAAUCGUAAAGGUGUCAUAUUUUAUCAGGACAACGCUAGACCGCAUACAUCUUUGGUCACUCGUCAAAAACUGACAGAGCUUGGCUGGGAACUUUUGAUGCAUUCACCAUAUAGCCCUGAUCUUGCACCGUCAGACUACCAUUUGUUUCGGUCUUUGCAGAACUUCUUAAAUUUUACCAUUUUGGCAAUGACGAGGCUAUAA